AUGUCAACCUCGGGAGGAAUCUCAUUAUCCCAGUUCCAGGCUCGCUUGACUGUGCUGCAAUCACAGCACCAGUCCCUCAAAGCAGCCGACUUAGAAAUGCGAGCCACACAAUCCGAACGAUGCCGUUCUUCACUUGAGAAAGCCGUCAAGAGCCUAUUCCAAGUCAUAAAUCUCGUUCGCAAACACGAUAAACGUCUAGUUGCAUGGCACGACCGCAGUCCACAUCUCAAAUCGGCUCUUCGUUUAAUCGGCAUUGAUCGACGAACAGAACAUACCGUGAACAAGACUACGGCGAAACUCAAGAAUGGUGUACAUAAAGUCGAGACACAGUUUGAGUACGCCGGGCAAGUCAUAGGAGAGAGUAUCGAUGAUACUACACGCUUCCAGAAGGACUUUUCGCAAAUUAGUCGGUCUGGAGUUGAGGAGAACCUUCAAGCUAUGAGAGCUGCUGAAGCUGAGCUGAAGCAGGAGUUAGAGGACCUCAAAUAUCAGAUCCAGAAUCAGGAUGUUGAGUGUUCUGGGGCAAUGGCAGAGUUGAGGCAGCAGAUUCAACGGCUUGAGGAGCUCACGGCAGAUCAUGACUCUGCAAGAGCCUGGAAAAAUACCUGGGGAGCGGUCACGGUACUUGCUGCAGCGGGGGCUUUUGCAAUGCCAUUUGUUGGUAUUUCGGUAGGAAUAGUAGCCGGUGUCAAAACUCUUAUGAAUUCCGAACAGCAAGAGGCACUCAGGGUGCAAAAAGAACAACACGAGCUUCUUGUCCAAAGUCACGACUCAGAACUGAAAUCGCUUGAACUCCAAAUGGCACAAUCAGGCCGUCACCACGACAGUUGCGCCUAUUACAUGGAUCAAAUCAAGCAGAUCCAAAGCGCAAACUUGACUAUUCGUCAAGAAUCAAGCAGAGCGUUCAAGACCCUUUGCGAAGUGCAGAUGGCACUGGAGAAGGCGAGGCUCAACAUCUUUGAGAUAUCACAGGAACUGCAGGAAUGUCAAUAUGAGAAGACUAGGCGCGGGAUGGCGGCAAGAUUGAAUGGGAUCUUGCAGAAUAUUCUGGAAUUUCCUGCAAAGGCGAAGUUGAAGGCCAUUGAUCAGAAGCUCAUUGAGCAGGCUACGAGUGGGAUAAGGGCUAUUUCUGGUGCAACAGCUGAGGUUAUGGCCAUUGUGGGUGAUAUAAUCGCUCUUCAUGGUCUGGGAGGCGAUUGGAAUCGUACCUGGAGCUCGUUCGGAUACUGCUGGCUCAAACACACUCUCGUACCCAAGUUCCCAUCAUGCAGAAUCCUCUCUCUCAACUAUCCAGAUAUGCUCUCUACUUUGUCAGCACACCCUCCUGACAUAAACGGUCUGAUUCAGGAUAUCUUCAGAGACCGCCGUCAAGAAAACCGCUCAAAGUCACCGAUUAUCUUCCUCGGCCAUAGUUUUGGUGGCACUGUUCUCAAGCAGGUGUAUGUUGCUACACAUCCUUCCAACACAGAUGACCCAGACUACAAAGCCCUUCAUACCCAGAUUCGUGGCUAUGUGUUCUUUGGGACAAUCCAUAAAGACAGAGAUAUGAGUAGGGCUAAGCUUGAAGUCCCAGAGUUUUGGAGAGCUUUGAGUCGCGGAGCUUCAGGUACAUUGGGCGGUCACUCUCAUGAGUUGGAAAAGGCAAUGUAUACCACCUUUCGUGUUAACCAUGCCUUUCGUCGGCUCGGUGGAGAGAACCUCCUCAUCAAUUGCUUCUAUGAAACCAAGGGGCCCGGCGGACUGAGUAGACGUGUUCUUAUUACUCAGGAAGAGUCAACUCUGGUCGCCCGUCCUGUUCCUACCAUGCCCUUGGAUCUCGACCACCAGUCCCUCGUUUGCUUCAAAAGUCCACGAGAUGAAAACCUCGCUCGUGUCCUCGACGCUCUCGAUUCGUUCAUGAUUCGAGCUAUGGACGUCGAAACUCGACUACAUAGGUCGAGCGCUCCUGAAUCUCGAGGUCUAUGUCUUUUGUCACUUGACGGAGGUGGUGUCAAGGGAUUAUUUAGCAUUAUCAUCAUUGAUCGGCUGAUGCAGGAGACACGACGCCUUGAAGGCCCUGGUGCAGGACAUAAAAAGCCCUGCGACUAUUUCGACCUUAUUGGCGGCACAAGUACAGGAGGUUUGCUAGCAAUCAUGCUCGGUCGGCUUCAGAUGGACACUCAGCUCUGUAUUCAAGCUUACAAGUCUCUGUCCAAGGAAGUGUUUUCUAGGAAGUUCAAGGUGCCCUUCCUGGAGAACUUCCGCAAGGCCAGUAAUGUUGCUCUAAGCUGGCCAUGGUUUGAUGGCGAUAAACUCAAAGAAGCCGUUUGUCGUACCGUCAAAGAGAACCUUCUUCCCAGUGACUCGGCUAUGCUGAGGCAAAGUGGCUGUACAGUGGAGGACCUAACUCUCAUCACUGACAUGAAGUCUACCACGUACUCUUUCGUCUGCGCCGUGCCUAAGUACGAGGAAAAGGUGAGACGAAUUCGAUCAUAUGAACCCCUCGACCAACAAACAAAUGCUCCAGCUGAAAGGUUCAAGAUCUGGGAAGCUGCACGAGCAACCUCAGCAGCGCCAAUGUAUUUCCCACACAUAGAAGCAGGUGGCGUUUCUUACUUCGAUGGUGGACUUGAGAGUAACAACCCCGUGAUUGAAGUUAUCGAAGAAGCCAAGCAAGAGUUCCCGGAUGAUAAGAUCUCCACCGUGAUUAGUGUUGGUACUGGUGCGUACCAAGCCUCAGACGCAAGCGCAGGGCUUACGGGUCUCAUGAACUACAUGAUCAAUAUGGCCACAAGCACAGAGAAGCAUCACAAAGCUGUUCUGGAAGACCCGCGAUUUGCAGAUAUCAGAAAGGAAGGGUACUUUCGACUCAACGGGACACUUGAACUUGGAGCCAUUGACCUCGCCGCUGUGGAACGCAUGGAUGAGAUUGAACGUCUGGCCGAGGCCUAUCUGAGUUCCAAUGAGGGUCAACAACAAAUCGGCAUGUGUGCUGAGCGUCUAGUUGAGAGGGCGAAGCACCAGUGA